AUGGUGCGGGAUCACUUCCUGGCAGACGACGCAGAUGUUGGCGUCUUCUGCCGGCGCUGGUCCUGGGUGGCUGGCCUCGCCCACUCGAACGCCUCGGUAACCCCAUCGCGCGUCGCGGCGGCUUUUGGAGGGAUUGCGCUGGUGCUGCUGCUCGUGGUGGUGCACGUCGUGGUGGUCUUGGUCGCUGCGUUGUGCUGUGCGCUGGUGUUCUUGCGCGUGGUGCUGGUCGCAGUCGUGGGCGUUGUUGCCGCUGCGGUGCUCCUCGUCGCGCUGGUGUUGCUGCGCGUGGUGUUGGUGGUCGCGGUGGUCGCCCUGCUGGUGCAAGGACGUGGUGGUAGCAUCGUGGGCUGCCACUGGACGGAAGUAGAACCGGUCCUCAAGGUAGGCCUGCCGCCUGGAGAAAGAUUCCUGCUGCCGCAUGGUCUCGGCAUGUUCGUGGUAGGAGUGGCCAGGCCCCCGCGGCGCCAGCUGGCACUGGAAAGCUUCGAGGCGCCCACCUGGGCGGCUCUGGCGCGGGGAGCGCGCCACCCACCCACGCACAACAGGGAGAUGGGAGAGCCGGCCCCAGCGCGCGCCCUGCUGCGCUCCCAGAGCGGCCCGUGCGUCGGCCGGGCGUCCACGGCCCCGCCCACCAGCGAGCCCACGCGAGUACCACCCGCGGAGCUGCGCGUCCUCCUCCUGCGCCGCCUGCGCCUUGACUUACCAUUCACGGCAAGCGCGCGCAGGUGCCGAGCGCGACUCGACAGCAGAGGGGACGACAGGGCGGCCUGCCCCACAGCCGGCGUCCUCCGGAAAGGGAAGGGGGCCCUGGAGAAGGCGGCGGCCCGCAGCUGCCGCGAGGCGGGUGCGAGAGUGGCGGAGAACCAGUUCCUGCAGGACCUGCACGUCGACGGCGUCGGCGCGGGCGGCGGCAGGCGGCUCGAGGUGAUCGCAAACUGCCUGCGGCGCAAGGGAAGCACGUACCCAGAGCUCCUGGACGCGAGGCGCUGCCAGCUCGUGGUCGUGGCCCUGGGGGCAGGGGGCCAGUGGCAGUGGACAGGCCUCGCCUCGGUGGCGCAGCGGGCCUUCGCAGCCUCCCUGCUGCACCUGCCUCUGGACGGCCCCGCCUGCGACGGCGACGAGCCCUGGCUGCAGGACGUCAUGGCGGACGCGCGCCAUACAGAGGCGCACAUCCCGAGCCCCAGGGCGGGCCAGAGAGACUUGCGGACAGCCAGGAGCGCAGCAAAGCGCAAGCUCGCGGAGCGGAACAAGAGCGGGAGGUGGGACGGGGCUGCCGCGCACCCGCCUGCGGGCCCCACCCACCUCCAGGGCGUGGGACGGGAUGCCGCGCGCCUGCCG